AUGUCCUCCCGUGCGAUUCGCAAGCUGCAAAAGCUGCGUGAGCAAGAGCAGCAAGCCGAGCUACAAGCCCAAGAGUCGAGCGAAGACGAACUGAUAGCGAAGCCAUCGAAACCGAAACCAAAUGCCUUUGACCUUCUAAACGCGGCGGAUAAUGACGACGAUGAGGACGAACAGCCAUCGGAAGGCGAGGCUCCCGAGUCGGUAAAUCAACCAACAGAGGAGGUAACAAUCCCAGCAGCACCGGACCCAGUACAAAAGAAAAAGAAGAAGACAAAGAAUAAGAAGAAGAAAAAUGCGGCAAAACAGGAGCCUACGAAUGAAGGUUCUGCCGACAAAGAUCUGGAUGAGAUUGAUCGGGCGUUGAAGGAAUUGGCUGUCCAGUCGCAAGUAGAGGCCGGCGUGCAACGCACAGAAGAAAGAGUCGAUGCUCGGUUCUCAAGAGACCCGGAAGAUUUCUUGUCGAUUGACUCAAAGCAACUUAACGCAACGAAUGAAAUGCGCAAGCUGUUUGGCAAUGUCGUUCUGGAGAAUUUCGACCAGCCAGAUUCUGGCUCAGGCCGCAGACGGGACCGGGGCCGAGAAACAAUAGACCUUGGCCGUGCUUUAACGGGCAGAUACAGCCCUGCAAGUAGAGGACUCAGUCUCGCCGGAGUUACACAGAGGCGCAACAUCUUAUUCCAGGGCAAAGAUGAGUGGCCGCGGGCUCCCAGUGGUGGUCUGGGAAUGGAGGUAGCAGAGUCGCUUCCCAACGGCGUCACGGUCUACCGCUUCGUCCACAACGCCGCGUACCAAGAUGUCCAGAGGCAGUUUGACCUCUGCGUGGAGUCAAUGGAUCCGCAAAGGAUGAUCCAUCUCCUUCAGUAUAAUCCUUACCACAUCUCAACGCUCCUCCAAGUGUCAGAGAUCGCAAAACACCAAGGUGACCAUGCAGUAUCUGCAGACCUACUGGAGCGAGCACUUUUCAAUUUCGGUCGUUCGGUCCAUUCGUCAUUCGGGAAUCGCCUCAGAGAUGGCAGAGCUAGGCUUGACUUUCUACACGCGGAGAACCGCGAGCUGUGGCUUGUUGGUUGGAGGUACAUUGCCAACCUCGGAAUGAAGGGGACUUGGAGAACUGCAUAUGAAUGGGCGAAGCUGCUACUGAGCCUGGAUCUGAAAGACCCUUAUUGCAUUAAACUCAUGAUCGACAAUUUAGCGCUUCGUGGCAGAGAGUGGUCACACUUCAUCGAUCUCUGUACACAGACCAGGUUAUCGCAAGAGUGGAAAUACCUGCCAAACAUCCAGUGCUCUUUAGCUUUAGCAUACCUGCGACUGAACAAACAAAAGGAGUGUCGACAGCAGAUGCGUGUGGCAAUGUCCCGCUAUCCAUGGGUCUUCUGCAAGCUGGCCCAGGAACUCGACAUCCAGCCAAUUCCGAAGCGAAUCUGGGGUAAGCUUCCUCCUACUGAUGGGCACGAGCUGUUCACCGAACUCUACAUUGUGCGUACCAAAGACCUUUGGAACACUCCAGAGGUAAUCUCUCUUCUGGUCGAGGUAGCGGACACGCUAUCAGAGGGAGAUGAGCCGAUUGAACCACCAGAAAUUACUUUGGACAUUGCGCGCCAUGUUGUUCUUUCGGAUGUUCCACGCGUUACAACGCAUUUACCGACUCGUUUCGUCUCCGGGCGUAUCUCAGCUUCUGAUCCUCUACCACCUUACGAAUCGGAAGCAUUCCGACAGCAGUCGGAUCCCACGCCGUCCUAUCUGUCUCGAGUUCCCGAGGCCGAGAGGCCUGGCUGGAUUCGUAACCUUAUGGAGCAGCUGAACCACGGCGUGAUCCCCUUUCCUCGAUUUCGGGCCGGUGAUGAAGAGGACCAUGGAGAUAAUGAGCCGGUCGAAAAUCAUGUGCUACCCGUCUCGGGCCCUGAAGAGCAGGUAGUGCUCGAACAAUGGCUUCUCGGCGAUGGUCUGCAGACUCUUGAGGCGUUCAUUCGCCAGCAUGGCGUCGAUCGAGGUAACUGGGAUGAAGAAAUCGAUUAUUCCCCCUUACACGAAUAUGUUGAUACGCUAUUUGAAAUCGUACCGGACUCGGCCCGACAGGCGCUGCUUGAUGGUGCGAUCCGAGAAGCUGCGGGUCCCAUAGUUGUGAGUCUUCUGCAGGAUGAGAUGGAGCUUACACGGCUGGAGUUGGAGGAACAGCAACGUGAUGGACAAUGAUACCCCCCUUCCCCUGCCGCUAAGAAGGUUAAUGUAAAAAUACAACCUUUUAUGAUUUGUAUGAAUAUUUAACUUUGUACGUGGAAUUAUUGGCAUUCUG